CACUCAUCCUUAAAAAACACCUAGGAAUACAUUUUAAAAGAAAAGGACAUAACCUGUACAAAGAAAAUGGAUCUCUGUUGCCCAGGCUGGUGUACAGUGGCACGAUCACAGCUCACUGCAACCUUGACCUUCCAGGCUCAAGCGACCCUCCCAGCUCAGCCUCCCAAGUAGAUGGGACUACAGGUGUGUGCCCCCAUGCCCAGUGAAAGCACAUGUAUAUUACAGUGCACAUCUAUCGGCAUCUUCCAUGAGGUCAGGAUAUUUCUGAAGCCCGUCUGGUUGUACCACUGCAAGAGCCUGGGAGUACAACACAGUGCAUUUUCCUAGAGGGCCAACUUACUUAGUGAAGAUAUGGAUGUAAUGAGGCCCUUGAUAAAUGAGCAGAAUUUUGAUGGGACAUCAGAUGAAGAACAUGAGCAAGAGCUUCUGCCUGUUCAGAAGCAUUACCAACUUGAUGAUCAAGAGGGCAUUUCAUUUGUACAAACUCUUAUGCACCUUCUUAAAGGAAAUAUUGGAACUGGCCUUUUAGGACUUCCAUUGGCAAUAAAAAAUGCAGGCAUAGUGCUUGGACCAAUCAGCCUUGUGUUUAUAGGAAUUAUUUCUGUUCACUGUAUGCACAUAUUGGUACGUUGCAGUCACUUCCUAUGUCUGAGGUUUAAAAAGUCAACAUUAGGUUAUAGUGACACUGUGAGCUUUGCUAUGGAAGUGAGUCCUUGGAGUUGUCUUCAGAAGCAAGCAGCAUGGGGGCGGAGUGUGGUUGACUUUUUUCUGGUGAUAACACAGCUGGGAUUCUGUAGUGUUUAUAUUGUCUUCUUAGCUGAAAAUGUGAAACAAGUUCAUGAAGGAUUCCUGGAGAGUAAAGUGUUUAUUUCAAAUAGUACCAAUUCAUCAAACCCUUGUGAGAGAAGAAGUGUUGACCUAAGGAUAUAUAUGCUUUGCUUUCUUCCAUUUAUAAUUCUUUUGGUCUUCAUUCGUGAACUAAAGAAUCUAUUUGUACUUUCAUUCCUUGCCAACGUUUCCAUGGCUGUCAGUCUUGUGAUAAUUUACCAGUAUGUUGUCAGGAACAUGCCAGAUCCCCACAACCUUCCAAUAGUGGCUGGUUGGAAGAAAUACCCACUCUUUUUUGGUACUGCUGUAUUUGCUUUUGAAGGCAUAGGAGUGGUCCUUCCACUGGAAAACCAAAUGAAAGAAUCAAAGCGUUUCCCUCAAGCGUUGAAUAUUGGCAUGGGGAUUGUUACAACUUUGUAUGUAACAUUAGCUACUUUAGGAUAUAUGUGUUUCCGUGAUGAAAUCAAAGGCAGCAUAACUUUAAAUCUUCCCCAAGAUGUAUGGUUAUAUCAAUCAGUGAAAAUUCUGUAUUCCUUUGGCAUUUUUGUGACAUAUUCAAUUCAGUUCUAUGUUCCAGCAGAGAUCAUUAUCCCUGGGAUCACAUCCAAAUUUCAUACUAAAUGGAAGCAAAUCUGUGAAUUUGGGAUAAGAUCCUUCUUGGUUAGUAUUACUUGUGCCGGAGCAAUUCUUAUUCCUCGUUUAGACAUUGUGAUUUCCUUCGUUGGAGCUGUGAGCAGCAGCACAUUGGCCCUAAUCCUGCCACCUUUGGUUGAAAUUCUUACAUUUUCUAAGGAACAUUAUAAUAUAUGGAUGGUCCUGAAAAAUAUUUCUAUAGCAUUCACUGGAGUUGUUGGCUUCUUAUUAGGUACAUAUAUAACUGUUGAAGAAAUUAUUUAUCCUACUCCCAAAGUUGUAGCUGGCACUCCACAGAGUCCUUUUCUAAAUUUGAAUUCAACAUGCUUAACAUCUGGUUUGAAAUAGUAAAAGCAGAAUCAUGAGUCUUCUAUUUUUGUCCCAUUUCUGAAAAUUAUCAAGGUAACUAGUAAAAUACAUUGCUAUAUACAUAAAAAUGGUAACAAACUCUGUUUUCUUUGGCACAAUAUUAAUAUUUUGGAAGUAAUCAUAACUCUUUACCAGUAGUGGUAAACCUAUGAAAAAUCCUUGCUUUUAAGUAUUAGCAAUAGUUGCAAAAAAUUAAGUUCUGAAAAUUGAAAAAAUUAAAAUGUAAAAAAAUUAAAGAAUAAAAAUACUUCUAUUAUUCUUUUAUCUCAGUAAGAAAUACCUUAACCAAGAUAUCUCUCUUUUAUGCUACUCUUUUGCCACUCACUUGAGAAAGGAAUAGGAUUUCAACAAUAAGAGAAUAAAAUAAGAACAUGUAUAACAAAAAACUCUCUCCAGAUCAUCCCUGUGAAUGCCAAAGUAAACUUUUAUGUACAAUGUAAAAAAAAAAAAAUCUCAGUUAUGUUUUUAUUAGCCAAAUUCUAAUGAUUGGCUCCUGGAAGUAUAGAAAACUCCCAUUAACAUAAUAUAAGCAUCAGAAAAUCGCAAACACUAGAAUUAAUUUUACACUCUAAUGGUAGUUGAUCUUCAUAGUCAAGAGGCACUGUUCAAGAUCAUGACGUAGUGUUUCAAUGAAAUUUGAAAAGGGACUGUAAAACUGAUCCAGUGCAACUCCCUUGUUUUUCGUCAGAGGAAAAGGAGGCCUAGAAAGGUUAAGUAACUUGGUCGAGACCACUCAGCCUUGAGAUCAAGAAAACCUAAUCUUCUGACUCCCAGGCCAGGAUGUUUUAUUUCUCACAUCAUGUCCAAGAAAAAGAAUAAAUUAUGUUCAGCUUAA